GACUGUUUGAGUUAUUGAGAGAGAUGCACGUGCGGGGUCCUUUUCAUUCCCCUUCAGGAUUCCUUUAAAAGAAAAAGGAAAAACAAUAACAGAGAGAGAACAGAAGAGGAACAUGUCUGAAUUCUGAAACCUGAUUCAUUGUUUGUUAUUGGUUAUUACAAUAAAAAGAACAAAUGGGAGAAGGAAGAGAAGGAGAUUGGGAGUGCAGUGGAUGCAAUAACAGAAACUACGCCUUUAGAUCAUUUUGCAACAGAUGUAAACAGCCUCGUCUCCUUGUAGACAUUAAGACUCCUGCUGACUCUAAGUGGCUUCCUCGUAUCGGCGAUUGGAUCUGCACCGGUUGCACUAACAACAAUUAUGCAUCAAGAGAAAAGUGCAAAAAAUGUGGUCAACCAAAGGAGAUAGCAGCAAUGCCGGCAAUUGCGGUGCCUGGAGCUUCUCUCCUAUCUUAUUCACAUUAUUUUGCCAGGGCCCCAGGAGGAGGACCACAACAAAAGAUGAAUAAUGGAUUACCACAGCAGUCGCUCCCUUUCGGUUCAACCUGGCCUGCAGGAGGAGCUGCUGAUAAGUAUGGGGUUCAGUCAGUUUCUUCUUGGACUUUAGGUGGAAAUCAGACUUCCGGACCUCCAUAUGCUAAUCAGCCUCUUCCAGUUCCAAAAGGAUGGCGGAAUGGUGACUGGAUGUGUAAUUGCGGCUUCCAUAAUUACUCUUCACGUGCACAGUGUAAAAAUUGCAAUGCUUCUGUACCACCAGCACUUGGAACAAAGCGACUGGCAUCGGAAGAUUUUGCUCAGGACUGGGAGAACAAGAGAUUGAAUUCAGGACAUAAUAUGCAGAUAAAUGGACAUCAACAAACAUAUCCGGGGUUUGAUCAUUUGGUAGGGACCAAUGGGGAUCUAAGACCAGGGAUAUAUACUCCCCAUCCCAGUGUUGGCUCUGGCAUCGCUCCAAAUUGGCAAGCAUCAGUGCAGUUUCCACAUCAAAUUACAACGCCUGCACUCCUUGGGAAAGGAGCAAAGCAGUGGCGUAAUGGAGAUUGGAUGUGCACAAAUUGCAGCAAUCAUAAUUAUGCUUCUCGAUCACAGUGCAAUAGGUGUAAGACACAGAGAGAGACUGUUGUGCAACCAAUUUCCCAGCCAGUCACUGCUGUGUAGCUGUGAGUUGGGGGCUUUCAAUUGUUGUUAGCUUCUAUUGCCCCUUGCUGAGGUUCUUUCUCCAUUUUUCCACAAUGUAUUAUUUUGAAAAAUGGGAUUAUUUGACACCCAUUUCAUCCCAUAGAUUAAUCCCUUUAGAUUUUAGCGAAUGUUGGGACAUGGAAUUUCAAAGAAUGUAUUGCCAGCUUGAUAGUUUUCUUUUGAUAGCAAAUAGAGUUGAUGCUUGUAUCAUAUCUUUUCAAAAGUAUAUCCCUUGCUAUGCUAAUACAGUUUUGUCUUGAUCAGUAUAUCAAUUUAUUUUGGUCAGUUAUUUGGAUUA